AUGGAUGGCCCCGAGCCUCGUUCGAAAAUCCGUGAGCGUCUGGAAAUCGCUUGGAAGGAUGUUGAGGAGGCUAUGAACAUUGCAAACGCUCCGUCCAUAUCUGUGGGGAUCAUUCAUGGCCCAAACCAGGAACCGAUAUUUCGAAAGAGCUACGGUGUGCGAAACUUCGAAGCUGGCCUCCAAGCAGACCCAGAUACCUCAUACUUUAUUGGCGGCUCCUCCAAAAUGAUCACCUGCGCUGCAAUCGGGGUGCUGGUCGAAGACAAGCAGCUGGCGUGGGACGAUCCAAUUCGCAAACACCUCCCUACCUUUGGCCCUCUGAGAGACCCAGAGAUUGGUGAGAAAGCAACAAUAAUCGAUGUAUGCCGACACUCCACUGGUCUCGGAAAUCCCACGCCGAUUUUCGCAGGGCCCGGUGGCACGAUCUUCAACACGGCCGAGGACCAUGUUGCCCUCGUCAAUGCCCUUCCUACAGCGGACUGCUCCGGCCAGAGAUUCCGAAAGAACUGA